UUUAAGAUUGCGAGUCGCCAGUAAAAGAAGAAGAAGGAGCAGAUCGCUUCUUUGAGUAGCAUUCACCAUCUCUUUUCCAUUCGAUUCGCAUUUAUACAAAGACUUUAACAUCAAGAAGGCUCAAAUGGAAACAGAACGCGAGGAGAACGGCACGGAAAUGCAAACUGAGGUUGAGGCGUCUGCUUAUUCGCUCGCUCUGAAGCUGGAGAACCUCCUCAAUAAGAGCAUGAGGAUCCGGAUGACAGACGGGCGCACGCUGGUGGGACUCUUCCUGUGCACAGACAGAGACUGCAACGUCAUCCUGGGAUCUGCACAAGAGUUCCUCAAAUCCACAGAUUCUUUCUCACAAGGUGAGCCCAGAGUUUUGGGACUGGCGAUGAUCCCUGGCCAUCAUGUGGUUUCUAUAGAAGUGGAAUCUGACAGCCUUCAGAUGACCACCCAUGGACUCUGACAACUUUAGAGACUUUUGGGGUCACCAUAUGGACUACAGAGAAUGUAGUUUCCACAUACACACAUUUUGUCUGCAAAUAUAGAGAUGGCAGUGAAGAUCCACUCUAGCUGGAGUUAUUCACCCCAAAUGGAUUUUUCCUUAUUUUUUAGGGAACUCCAAUUCCAUACACAGUGGGUUGGUCCUCUAUGUUGAAACAAGAAUAAUAACAACAUGAUGUAAACUGUACCUUUUUGUUUGUGUUUUUGCUUGCAUGCAAGUGGUGCACAUUGUGUGUAAAUAUUGAAUAUCUUUCAUAAUCUUUCUCA